UUGAGAAUAUUUUCAGAAAUCAUCUAUCUAAUGCUGCAGAACAACGAUGGAGGUUUUGCCUCGUACGAACUUACGAGAUCCUACGCUUGGUUAGAGAUGAUUAAUCCUUCAGAAACGUUUGGUGACAUCGUGAUCGACUACCCGUAUGUCGAGUGCACGUCUGCUGCAAUCCAAGGUUUGAAGCUCUUCCGAAAACUCUAUCCCGAUUACCGAGGAAAAGAAGUCGACACGUGCAUACAAAAAUCGGUUAAAUUCAUAGAAAGCAAACAGUUACCCGACGGCUCAUGGUAUGGUUCUUGGGGAGUGUGCUACACGUACGGGACGUGGUUCGGGUUAACUGGACUUAUCAAUGGCGGCAAAACGUACGCAAACAGCUCAUCCGUUAGAAAAGCUUGCGAGUUUUUGCUGUCAAAACAACUCUCAUGUGGAGGAUGGGGCGAAAGCUACCUCUCGAGCCAAGACAAGGUGAAGCAAAACGCUGUAUACACGAGUCUUGGAGAGAACAAACCGCACAUCGUAAACACUGCAUGGGCCAUGCUGGCACUUGUCGAAGCAGGACAAGCUGAUCGGGACUCGACUCCAUUGCACCGUGCGGCCAAAGUGCUGAUCAAUUCACAAAUGGUGAAUGGAGAUUUUCCUCAGCAGGAAAUUAUUGGUGUAUUCAACCGAAACUGUAUGAUAAGCUACUCAACUUACAGAAACAUUUUUCCCAUAUGGGCACUUGGAGUUUACCUUAACAAGGUUUUAAGGUCUAAAAUUGAACUGUCCGUAUUUACCUUAACAAGGUUUUAA